CUAUUUAUAGGCAUAGCGAAAGAAAAUGAGAUACCGCUAUCGCUGUCAUUUCCCGCUGGGUUCGCACUACAUAAAGGCACAGGGACUCCUGGGAGACCGCAGUCCAGUACGUCGCAGCCAGCAGGAAAAACACAUUCUCCUUUAUCGCAGCAAGCAGAAAGUUUAAAGGUGAUAGGAGACCUUCACAAGAUCAAGCCCCUGUAUUCUACGUUGAUUCGACACCCUGCUCCAGAUGGUGCAGUGCGCGAUGCUGGCCGCCCCGGCGCUGCUGCUGGUGCUGCUGCCGCUCGCCCUGGCCGCGUGCCCGUGCCCGCCCGCGCCCGCCUCCUCCAAGGUGUGCGGCUCCAACUUCGUCACAUACGACAGCCAGUGCCAGCUGGACUGCGCCUCCCUAUCAGGUGUCUCUGCGCUUCACCGCGGGCCUUGCUCGCCUAUCGAGAGCGCCCUGAGCGUCAUGGGCCCCCUCCGGAACGUAUCUCUUCCGGCCGGCGCACCCACUAACGUGCGACUCAGCUCGGCCCGCUCCGACACGGACGACUUUACCAAGAUGCAGAAGUGUGUGACCACAAAUAGCUGCCAGUACACGUCCUGCAGCUCAUGCUCCAGCACCGACGACGAGUGCAAGGGCAAGUGCAUCCUCGACUGCUUGUGCGGCUGUUACGGAAUCAAGGGCGCCAGCAUGGACAACAUCGCCCAGAUUCAGACCUGUCUGGCCAAAGACAAUUGCUUGGGGAAACAAAACCAAUGUGAAAGCAGCUGCCGCACCCAAAACUGCAAGAUCUCGUGCUAUAUGGACUUCAUGAAGUGCAGUUGCGAGUGCAACGACGCCAUCUCCAUGAGGCCCGCGCUCGGCCUCAGCGUCGCGCUGCUGGCGCUGUGGGUGUUCCAGGCCACGGCCGGCAAGUGAUCGCGACAGGGCGUGCCUGACUAACCGGAAGGAGACUUUUCGGGCGCGCACCCUCUUGUGUGUGUGUGUGUGUGUGUGUGUGUGUGUGUGAGAGAGAGAGAGAGAGAGAGAGAGAGA